CUGGUAAUAUUCUCUUAAUGUUAUUGAAAAAAUCAAUUAAAACAUAACAAGGGCGAAAGUAAGAUAAAAAGGGGCACUUCUAUUUUAAGAAUUUAAACUUUAUACUCCAAUUUUUACAAAAUUGUCUUUAAAUUACCUAUAUUUUGGAAAUUGCUCAAUUGCCCCUAGAAAAAUGGUGGGAAAUUAAGCGAACGAAACCCUAUCAUUAACUUGGCCCGCCUCCCUCCGAAUUGCACUCCGAUUUGAACACUCCUAAUCUCUCCUCCUUUAUUUUAAUGACUUCCUCAGGAAUCGCAUGGUUUAAAUUCCUUAACCCCUCCCCAUAUUUAAGCCGCCGAUUAUUUCUGUAACCAUUUUUACAGCUUCAAAAUAAAAAGAAUGGAGAACGACGACGAGGGAGGAAGAAACGGUCCAACAUGCGCUGCAUGCAAGCACCAGAGGAAAAAAUGCAAUCCCAACAAUUGCGUUCUUCGGCCCCACUUCCGAUCGGACCGGAUGCGAGAGUUCGAAGCGGUUCACAGAGUUUUCGGCAUAGCGAACAUGUCAAGAAUGCUUCGGGAUCUCAGCGGCCACGAAGAACGGCACGAAGCCACCAAGUCUUUCAUGUGGGAAGCCAGGGCUUGGGAGCAAGACCCGGUUCGUGGUCCGCUCGGCCGGUUCAACCAGUUACAGCGAGAGAACAAGGACUUGAAGACUCAACUGUUGCGGUUCAGAAUCAACGCACUUCCAAUUUUACCUCUCCCGACGCCACCGCUGCUGCCUCCGUCGCCGUCAUAUUCGGGAGGUACCGAUUGUAUUCACAUCUUACAGAAUUUAAUGACUAUAUCUCCAGGUCAACAUCAAGGUCAACUCCGAGAGAACCAUGUGACUGUUAAUACUAGCCCUAAUAGUCAUCAGUUUAGACAAUAUUGUUGCAAUAAUAAUAAGCAAACCCCGAUUUAUCGUCCGAAUGAUCCGGAACCAGUCUCGGUACUGUAUCAUCCUCCCAACAAUCCAAUCAGCCAGCGAUCGGAUAACAAUGACUUCGCAGAAGCAAAAUUUCAAAGAGUUUCUAAUAAGCAUGAUCAAGAUCAUUUGUUCAAAUUUGCAACAAAUCUUCCGAUCAUGCCCCCGAAAGGUGAUGAUGAUGAUCUUGCUAUGUACGGCUCGUUACCGAGAAAUAAUGAGGUGUAGAGCUAGCAAUAGUACUAAUGGAUCAAGGUGUCUAUAUUCAAAGAUAUAUUGAUUCUCUUUGUUGCUGAUGUAUUUGGGUUUAGAAUGAAUAUUAUAAACAGAUGAGACAUUCUAUUGCAUGUGUUUAAUUUCUUCAUCCACUUUUCUUGCUUAAAUUUAUUAAGA